AGAGGGGCUGCGAGCGGACGAGGAGAGCAGGAUAAAUCAAAUUAUGGAAGAAAACAAUAAUGGCACCCCCUUAGCUGAUGAACAAAGUACAGAUCCAUUUGUGGAAACAGAGAGCGUGACUGAGAAGGAAACUAAGGAAGAUGAGGAAGAAAGUAACAAAAAGGGUACACCAGAUACUUCCAACAUGUACAGGUAUAUUAAAGAUGACCUGUUUACUUCGGAGAUUUAUAAAGUAGAAAUUCAGAACCUUCCAAAAUACAUUGGUUUUAAUGAAGUGAAGAAAUUUCUCGCUAAGUAUGGUCUUCACCCUCACAAGAUAAAACUGUUGGGGAAACAGACUUUUGCUUUCGUCACCUUUAAGAGUGAGGAGGAACGAGACAAAGCCAUGAAGGUCCUUCACGGAGUCUUGUGGAAGAACCGAAACUUAAGCGUCAGACUUGCAAAGCCUAAGGCUGAUCCCAUCAUGAAGAAGAGAAGAAGGGAGGAGGAAGAGGAAGGGGAGGGGGUCAAAGAGCAGAAGGCAGCGAAGUGCCCAUCCUUGACAAAAGAUGGCAGAGAGGAGCCUCUUAGUAAACAGAUAGCAGAUGUGGUGACUCCUUUGUGGAAUGUACCAUAUGAGGCACAGCUGGCAAAGAAGAAGCAAGAAUGUGAGCAAGUGCUGCUGAAAUUGACACGGGAAAUCGGAAACAACAACAGAGCUCUGCUCCCCUGGCUUUUCGUGCAGAAGGAGAAGUACAAUGGCCUGUGUUGCUGUCUGGAAGGGGUGAAAGCAUCACCGUCACAGACCGAAUAUCGCAACAAGUGUGAAUUUUUGAUUGGCAUAGGCCCCAACCAGGAAGAUAAAAGUGUGGGCUUCCGCCUCAGCAAAUACAAAAGCGGGACAUGCGCAGUCGUGGAGCCCUUUGAGACCGUUCACAUUCCUGCGGUUGCCAAAAAGGUAGUGAAGGCCUUUCAGGAUUACAUCAGGUCCACCCCUUACAGCGUUUACAGCCCAGAAACCUACAAUGGGCACUGGAAACAGCUAACUGUUCGCACCAGCCGGAAUGCUCACAUCAUGGCUAUUGCUUAUUUCAAUCCUCAGAAACUAAAUAAAGAAGAGCUGACUGAACUACAAAGCUCUUUGGCAAAGUACUUCACAGAAGGCGUUGGCAAAGAUAGCGGAAUCACCUCUCUGUAUUUUGUGGAGGAAGGGCAGAGAAAAUCUCCUAAUUGUGAAGAUUUGGCCUUAGAGCACAUUGCUGGCGACAAGUACAUAUAUGAAGAACUUCUCGGGCUCAAGUUCCGGAUUUCUCCUCAUGCCUUUUUCCAAGUAAAUACAGCAGCUGCUGAGGUUCUCUACUCUACUAUUGAAGACUGGGCCCAGGUCAGCCAGGAUACUACAGUGCUCGACAUCUGCUGUGGAACAGGAUCGAUUGGCAUUUCCCUCGCCAAGAAAGUGAAGAAGGUGAUUGGGAUCGAGCUUUGCCAAGAAGCUGUGGAAGACGCCAGGGCGAACGCUCUGCUUAAUGAACUGAAUAAUGUUGAAUUCCACAGGGGAAAGGCGGAAGAGCUUGUUCCUUACCUGGUCAACUCCUUAGUGCUACAAGACUCUGUUACAAUCGUGGAUCCACCACGAGCUGGGCUGCAUUCCAAAGUAAUUCUCGCAAUCCGAAAAGCCGAACACUUAAAAAAGCUCAUCUAUGUGUCCUGCAAUCCUCGAGCUGCCAUGAACAACUUUGUGGACCUUUGUCGAGCUCCCUCAAACCGUGUCAAGGGAAGCCCUUUCCGUCCGGUCAGAGCAACGGCCGUGGACCUCUUCCCUCAAACGAUGCACUGUGAACUGCUACUCUACUUUGAACGAAUAGAACAUUCUAGCGAUAAACCUUCUGAGGCAUCAGUAGAUUCUGCUGACAUUCCAGCUAUCAAACUAAGAGAAGCUUCCAUGGAAGAGGAUGAUACUGACUUAACCGAAAAGAACGCAGCAAAAGAAUCUUCCAGCUAAUGAUGGUAAAGAGGCGUGCUCGUUUGCAUGAU